CCCUCUCUCAUCAUCCCUCUAUCAUUCUGCAGAAGAAGUCUCUGAGGACUAGGCUGCAGGAACCAAACCUACACUACUACAAGCACUCUACAGGGUUAUCUAUAGGUAUAAUCUGAAGUUGAGUGGUAGCCAUGGCGAGCUUGUUCACACGUAUGCUGUCUGGCCAUCACACGGCUGUGGCUCUGGCCAGCCUCGGGGUGGGCACACUUGCAUCAGGAUACCUUCUGACCGACAAUGGCAAUGCCGCCGCUGCUGAGAGAAGGAAGCUCUACCCUCCCAGUGCUGACUUCCCUGACCUGAGGAAGCAUAACAACUGCAUGGCGUCUUGCCUGACCCCGGCCAUCUAUAGUAAGCUGAGGGACAAGUUGACCCCCAACAACUGGAGCCUGGACCAGUGCAUCCAGACUGGGGUGGACAACCCUGGUCACCCCUUCAUCAAGACCGUGGGCAUGGUGGCUGGAGACGAAGAGAGCUAUGAGGUGUUUGCCGAUCUGUUUAACCCAGUCAUUAAGGACAGACACAACGGAUACGACCCUCAAAACAUGAAACAUCCUACUGACCUGGACUCAUCUAAGAUCAAAAACGGUAUGUUUGAUGAGAAAUAUGUCCUGUCAUCUCGUGUGCGUACCGGCCGUAGUAUCCGCGGGCUGAGCCUGCCGCCAGCCUGCACACGCUCAGAGCGCCGUGAGGUGGAGCGUGUUGCAGUUCAGGCCCUUUCUGGUCUGAAAGGAGACCUGGCUGGACGCUACUACAGCUUGGGAGACAUGACAGACAAAGAGCAGCAGAACCUUAUUGACGAUCAUUUCCUCUUUGACAAGCCUGUAUCGCCCCUGCUCACCUGUGCUUUCAUGGCCCGUGACUGGCCCGACGCCAGAGGCAUCUGGCACAACAAUGAGAAGACCUUCCUGAUCUGGAUCAACGAGGAAGACCAUACCAGGGUCAUCUCCAUGGAGAAGGGAGGCAACAUGAAGAGAGUGUUUGAACGCUUCUGCCGGGGACUCAAAGAGGUAGAGCGUCUGAUUCAGGAGAGAGGCUGGGAGUUCAUGUGGAAUGAGCAUCUUGGAUACAUCCUGACCUGUCCCUCCAACUUGGGCACUGGACUUAGGGCUGGGGUACACGUACGCCUGCCCAACCUCAGCAAGGACCCUCGCUUCCCUAAGAUUCUGGACGCCAUGCGGCUACAGAAGAGGGGUACAGGCGGAGUGGACACAGCUGCUACCGGAGAUACCUUUGACCUCUCCAACAAUGACCGUUUGGGCAAAUCGGAGGUGGAGCUGGUCCAAUGUUUGAUUGACGGUGUGAACUACCUAAUCGACUGUGAGAAGAAGUUGGAGAAGGGGCAGAACAUCCAUGUCCCCGCCCCUGUCUCCCAGUUUAGCAAGUGAACCCUCCACUGCCGUGAACCCUGGAAUAGGGCAGGUCCUCCUACCACUGGUUGCUAAACUGAGGGUCUUACGUGUCUGUGUAUCAGAACUUCAUUACAUAUAAGUUAUGAGAUUGUACGAAUGUACGAGAAACACUGAACUCAUUACGUGUACAUGAACUCUAAACUCAAUAAAGUCAUUUUGACAAACCUA